AUGACUGGAGGGGACUUUGGAGAAUGCGGUGGCGGCAGGGCGUCAGGCAGCGCCAGAGCUGCAAGUUUUGAUCGCCCAACGCCUGUCGCGAUCCCAUCCCUAGGGUUGCUCGUCAAGUACGGAGGUGACGUGACUAUUACCGAGGCGCAAACUCAAAGAGCAGUGCGCGAUCUCCUGCAAGGCCAAGUCCCUAUACCCGAGGUCUUUGGUUGGACUAAGGAUGCGGAUCAGAUAUUUAUAUACAUGUCUCUGAUGGAUGGAGAGACAUUGCAAGACAGAUGGAGUGCCAUGAGUGAAGUCGAGAGACAAGCCGUUUGCCAGGAGUUGAAGCAUAUGGCAAAGGCGUGGAGGGCUCUAAAGCAAGACAAAUACGACCGUUACGUGGGUAGUUUAGACAUUCAGCCGCUGAAUGACGUUCUCUUGGCUGAACGACCCGGCCUUGUCGGGCCGUUUCGGUCUACAGACGCUGUUCAGCAGUUUCACGAGGCUUGCGGUAUUGGAAUCGACGGCAAAGAGCCCAUUAUGUUUACACAUAAUGAUCUCGUACCGCCCAAUAUCCUCUUGUCACAAGGGCCGAACCCAAGAGUACAAGCCAUCAUCGAUUGGGGACAGGCCGGCUGGUACCCUGCAUACUGGGAGUAUUGCAAGGCACGAUGGGUCAGACUCAGGCCUGAAGACUUCAGUGAUGCUAUGCAAGAAGAAUGGCAUACACAGUACCUGCCAUCAAUCCUGGAUCCAGUCGACAACGAGGCAUACUACUACCCAUGGCUUUAUUUUGUCUUGUCCAAGGGCAUAUAA